AGGAUUCACGGCCGUCGGUAGAACUCUCGACUAGCGGGAAAGCGGCAAUUACAUUUCUCACUGUAAGGAGUGACAUCUCGCGCGUCUUUCGAUUAUUAUUUAUUAAAUUAUGAGUUUUGAUCGUAGGGCAUGUGGGAGCCCUGCGCCCCACGUCACCAAGCGUUUGUUCACGAUUAUUGUGCUCCUAGUCGGACUUAUAUGCAUAUUCGGAGGCUACCUUUUAGGAAGAAUGGCGCGAAAGGAAGUGAAACGACCUAACGAACUUCUUACGUAUAACUUGACAGCGGCUGCAGACAAUUUGUAUAAAAAAUCUAAAAGGAUAACGCCCAAGGUUAUCCACCACAACGACCCUGACAAAAUACGGACACGAUUAUCAGAAAUAUUCAACUGCAUCGAUUGUGGCACCAUAAACAAAUAUAAUCUAUCCGAAUAUGUGAGAAAUUCUAUCAACUUUCAAGUGACCAAAUUACUAAAAUCUAUAUCUAAUGCAACCUUGUAUUUAGAUGCGUUAACUUGAUAUUGAUACUAACACUAAAGGGUAAUAUACCAUGACUUAAACUGGACCAUUGGGACUGUAUAAUUAAUUUAUAGAAUAAGUUGUGUUUUAAUAAAUUGUGAUGUGGUUUUUAUGUCUGAUUUUAGAUUGUAAUUUAAAAUUAAAUAUUCAAAAUAUGUGUACAA